GGCCACACCAAGGGGCCCUUCCUGGUCAGCGCCCCUCUGUCCACCAUCAUCAAUUGGGAACGCGAGUUUCAGAUGUGGGCGCCAAAUUUCUACGUCGUAACCUACACAGGAGACAAGGACAGCCGUUCAAUCAUCCGGGAGAAUGAGUUUUCCUUCGAGGACAACGCCAUCAAAGGCGGGAAGAAAGCCUUUAAAAUGAAGAGAGAGGCUCAGGUCAAGUUCCAUGUCCUCCUGACGUCCUACGAGCUGGUCACCAUUGACCAGGCUGCCUUGGCCUCCAUCCGCUGGGCCUGCCUUGUGGUCGAUGAAGCUCACCGGCUCAAAAACAACCAGUCCAAGUUCUUCAGGGUGCUCAACGGUUACAAGAUCGACCACAAGCUGCUCCUGACGGGGACACCUUUGCAGAACAACUUGGAGGAGCUCUUCCACCUGCUGAACUUCCUCACUCCGGAGAGGUUCAAUAACCUGGAAGGAUUCCUGGAGGAAUUUGCAGACAUCUCCAAGGAGGAUCAAAUUAAGAAACUCCACGACCUCCUCGGUCCUCAUAUGUUACGUCGCCUCAAGGCCGACGUCUUCAAGAACAUGCCGGCCAAGACGGAGCUGAUCGUUCGGGUGGAGCUGAGCCCCAUGCAGAA